ACCGGCUUCGCACUUCGUCCUCCCAAUUCCCAUGAUCGUGCCUGCCUCCGUCCCAAAAUCUGACUUGAAGGACGAAAUGACUGUCCAGAGUCAGUGAAAUCUUGCCGAAGUAGUGAAACCCUAGAGCAUCAAUUAUCAUCGAGCACUCAGGAAUCUUUUUGGCCACCAGAGCACCUUGGAAUUGAUAAGGCUACGGAUAAUUGAUCCUUCGAAUUGAAUUAGGCAAAUGGGUGCAAGUCGUAAACUUCAGGGUGAGAUAGAUCGUGUCCUGAAGAAGGUUCAAGAAGGCGUUGAAGUCUUCGAUAGUAUCUGGAUUAAGGUUUACGAUACUGACAACGCUAACCAGAAGGAGAAAUUUGAGGCAGACCUGAAGAAGGAGAUUAAGAAGCUUCAGAGGUACAGAGACCAGAUUAAGACCUGGAUUCAGUCUAGUGAGAUCAAGGAUAAGAAGGUCAGUGCCUCUUAUGAGCAGGCCCUGGUGGAUGCUCGCAAACACAUUGAGCAUGAAAUGGAAAGAUUUAAGAUCUGUGAGAAGGAGACUAAGACCAAAGCUUUCUCCAAAGAAGGCUUGGGCCAACAGCCCAAAACUGAUCCUAAGGAGAAGGCUAAAUCGGAGACAAGGGAUUGGUUGAACAAUGUGGUUGGGGAAUUGGAAUCUCAGAUUGAUAACUUUGAAGCUGAGGUUGAAGGGAUUUCUGUCAAAAAAGGGAAGAAUAGGCCACCCAGACUGACACAUCUAGAGACAUCAAUUACUCGGCACAAGGCUCACAUAAAGAAAUGUGAAUUGCUUUUGAGGCUACUUGAUAAUGAUGAGCUAAGUGCUGAGCAGGUUAAUGAUGUCAAAGAUUUCUUGGAAGACUAUGUAGAGCGUAACCAGGAGGACUUUGAUGAAUUCAGUGAUGUUGAUCAGCUAUACAGUUCAUUACCUCUGGAUAAGGUGGAGUCUCUUGAAGAUCUUGUUACAAUUGGCCCCCCUGGUAUUGCUAAGGGCACAACUGCUCUUAGCUUAAAGAAUUCUGCGGUAGCAUCAGCACCAGCGUCAACAUCAGCAUCUCAGACAUCUGAGCAAGCUGAUGAUACAGCUUCCCAGGAUAGCAAUUCUGAUAUUGGUGCGAGAACUCCACCUUCUAAAAGUGUCGGAAUUAAUUCUGCUACUUCAACACCAGCUGGGAACCAAACAGCUCUUAUUUCUAUGAAUAUUUCGACUCAUAACUUCUCCAGUGUACCACCCAUUGCAUCAGUUCUUCCUGGUUCAAAUUCUGUUCGGAGUACCUUGGAGAAUCCUACUGCUUUGAAUUCUUCAUCUUCUGUAAAUCAGUCUAGCUCUGCAAAGGAAGAAGAAAUUAGUAGCUUCCCUGGACGGAGACCAUCUCCAUCUCUUUCUGAUGCUGUGCUUGUGAGGGACGUUAGCAUAAACAGCCUGGCAAAUCAAGCAUCCUCCAGUAUCCCUCUUGGUUCAGGCAACAUUGUUUCCAGCAUUGGGUCACUUGGUUCAGUCCCUUCAGCAUCUGAAAUAACAAAGAGAAACAUAUUGGGUGCUGAUGAUAGACUUGGAAGUGCUGCGAUGGUGCAACCUCUUACAUCUCCCCUUAGUAACAGAACAAUCUUACCUCAGGCUGCAAAGGGUAAUGAUGGAAGUGCCUCAUUCGACUCUGUAAAUGUUAAUGAGACUGUGGCUGUCCCUGGGAGAGUUUUUUCUUCUUCUGUGAUGCCUGGCCUGCAAUGGAGACCUGGAAGCCCCUUCCAGAACCAGAAUGAGAUGGGGCAGCUUCGAGGAAGAACUGAAAUAACUCCUGAUCAAAGAGAGAAAUUUUUGCAGAAGUUUCAGCAAGUUCAGCAACAAGGGCACAAUACCCUUCUUGGGAUGCCUUCUCUUGGUGGAGGGAAUCAAAAGCAAUUUCCUGUGCAGCAGCAAAACCCUCUAUUGCAGCAGUUUAGCUCCCAGGGCUCUUCUAUUUCCUCUCAAUCUGGUCUUGGACUGGGAACCCAGGCACCAGGUUUCAGUAGCAUUCCAUCUACCACACUUCAGCUGACACCUAAUUCGAUAAAUUCCCCAUCUAACCCGCAGCAGUUGAUUGCAGGUGUUUCUAAAGAUGCUGACAUUGGAAAUUCUGUGGUUGAAGAUCAACAGCAACAACUGAAUUUUCCUGAUGAGGGAGUAACUGAAUCUACUGCUAAUGCUGGGCUUGGCAAGAAUCUUAUAAAUGAAGAUGAUUUGAAAUCCACAUAUGCUGCUGAUUCUCCGGCAGGAUUAUAUGGCUCUCUCCCAACAGAGCCUGCUCAUACCUCCAGAGAUACUGACUUGUCUCCUGGCCAGCCUUUACAAUCCAAUCAACUUACUGGUAACCUUGGUGUCAUUGGAAGGAGAAUUGGUGCUGACCUUGGAGCCAUUGGUGAUAACUUUAGUGGAUCAAGUGUUAAUUCUGGUGGAAUGCGUGAUCAGUUACAUGAUUUACAGAUGCUUGGGGCCGCUUACUACAAACUUCCGCAACCUAAAGAUUCAGAACGCCCAAGGACUUAUACUCCUAGGCAUCCAACAAUAACACCUCCCAGUUAUCCUCAAGUACAAGCGCCCAUUGUCAAUAAUCCUGCUUUUUGGGAGAGAGUAGGGCUUGAACCAUAUGGAACUGAUACCUUGUUUUUUGCAUUCUAUUAUCAGCAGGAUACAUAUCAACAAUAUUUGGCUGCAAAAGAGCUAAAGAAGCAGUCUUGGAGGUAUCACAGAAAAUAUAAUACUUGGUUUCAGCGACAUGAAGAGCCAAAAGUUGCUACAGAUGAAUAUGAGAAAGGAACAUAUGUAUACUUUGAUUUCUAUGUUGCAAACGAUGACCUACAACAUGGGUGGUGUCAAAGAAUUAAGACCGAGUUCACUUUUGAGUAUAAUUAUCUUGAAGAUGAGCUUAUCAUAUAGAAGGUUCACAGAAGACUGGUAAUCAUGUGUCUUAGUUCCAUUGCCUUUUUGCUUGUUUUUUUUUUCUGGGUAUAAUUAGAUAGAUAAAGCUAAUUUACCUUCUGAAUUUAAUUAAAUGAAAUGUGAUCUUCAAAGAAAGGAAGUUAUGCAACGAAGACCAACAUGAUGAUAGCCAUUUUUGCAACUUACCUAUCAUGUUUCUUUGAUGUUUAAUUUGACAUAGAGCAAAUUUGCACUAGCUCUUCAACUAGUUUUGGCUUGUGCAUGCAUUGGAAUGACCAACCACAGCUACGCGGCUUUUUAAAGGAUUGGAAUGAGUUUCGAAUCUGGGAUGGUACCCACAACCCAGUGCGUGAGGGAGAAGAGGCAUUAGCCGUUAUGCAUGCGUAUUAAACAUACUUCUCAUGUACUUGUGCAAUAUUAAUGUAUUAAUUGGGCUUUCUUGUAUUAUAUGGAAAAAUGCAAUUCAUAGAUGACAAUAAUAAAUGGAUCUCUAUGUGUUGUGACUUGUAAGUUGUUAAGUUCAGAUAAUAUAUUUUUGAGAUAAUGUAGAGAAUACUAAUAAAGUAA